CGUAAAGCUCAGAAUCGCGCUGCUCAAAGGGCAUUUAGAGAACGAAAAGAAAGAUACAUGAAGGAAUUGGAGGCUGACAUUGCUAUUUUAAAACAAGAUAGAGAAAAACUACUGAAAGAGAACGAAAAACUGUCUGUUGAGAAUGAGACACUUAAAGCUGAAAGUUGGUACUUGAAA